GGGAGUUCGGACCCCGUUUGAACGAAGCUCGCGUUUGGCGCCUAAAUCAGAAUCAACCGUGAAAUUGUCACCCCGCCACGGUGCAUCUGAACUUCACAAUGGGUUCCGAAUCAACCUGGGGUCGGAUCUGAGGAUGUGAGUCGGAUUAACGGGGGACUUAAGCGCAGAAUAUCACGCGUCUUCGACUUCUUCAGGACCAACCAACAUGUCGCUCAGUCUAAAGGUCAAGCAUUUCCAGCUGGGGAAGUGUAAAGGUGACAAGAUAGCAAAGGCUACGUUCAGAGGAGUGUCGCAUUCAUCAAGACUCCUAGAGGACAAAGGGGAACUUGUGAUUGUAGAUCAGAAAUUCGAGUGGCCAGUAGCACGAGCCGUGGAAUGCCAUGAAGUGCUGUCAGUGCAGCUGUACACCCACAACCGCUACCUCAGUGACAAACUGGUGGGCAGCUACUCACUGGUGCUGCAGAAGGUGGUCUCCGAUGGCCGCAUCACUGUCUGUGAUACGCUUGUUGAUCCCAACAACAAACCUCUUCCUGCAACAGUUGACCUUGAAAUAACGUACUACAGCAUGGACGAGGCAUCAGCCGCCCCCAGCUCCCUACCCUCCGCCUCCGGCCUCGACAUGGACCAACAGAUGCUGGUCGACAUCGAGCAGAACAUCGCCAACCUGGAGAGGUCGAUGACCUCCAACCAGGAGAGGUCCACCGCCUCCAACCAGGAGAGGUCAGCCACCUCCAACCGCCGCGGCAGUUGGCAGUCCACACCGUCCAGUUCCCCAAAGAGCAAGAAGGCCUUCCUCAUGAGGGGCGGCUCGCUCUCCGCCCCCGAGAAGGAGAAAUCACCUAAUCCUGAACGGAAGAGCCGAACGCUGAAGGCGAGUGUGAAGAACCUGAUUCGGCUGGGUAAGCAGAGACCAGGGAGAGACGAUGCUCUGCUAUUGCCAGACGCGCACCACUCAUCGAACCCGGAACCAGCCGCCUUCUCUUGUCCGCCAAGGGCUCCCUCCCUCUCCUCUCUCUCCUCAGACAACGAAUCCAUCUCCUCCACGGCCGGAGACUAUGUGCCAAGUACCAGGAAACUGGCGAAACAGAACGCAGCGCUAAGUACAUUGCAAAGUGCCCUGAAAGCGCAGGAUUUCCAGGUUUGCGUGACAAUAAUCGAAGCGAGGCAACUGGCUGGCCUCAACAUGGACCCCGUGGUCUGUGUGCAAGUCGGCGAUGUCAAAAAGUACACCAGCGUCAAAGAAAGUACCAACUGUCCUUAUUAUAACGAAUAUUUUGUUUUCGACUUUCAUAUGCCAGCCGUUAUGCUUUUCGACAAAAUUAUAACACUCUCGGUGUUGCAUUCUAGGAAGUUGUUGCGCUCGGGGACCGUGGUUGGCUCGUUCAAGAUUGACCUGAGAACAGUCUAUGACGCUCCCGAUCACCAAUUCUUCCACAAGUGGGCGUUGCUGACCGACCCUGACGACAUAGCCGGCGGACCAAAGGGUUACCUCAAAUGUGAUAUCAGUGUCAUCGGAAAGGGUGACACUGUCAAAGUGCCUCCCAAAAGCGAAAAAGAUGAAGACGAUAUCGAAGCGAAUUUAUUACUACCGGACGGAGUUCCAGUCGAGCGACAAAGGGCCAGAUUCAUUGUGAGAAUUUACCGGGCCGACGGAUUACCGAAAAUGAACUCUACGAUAAUGGCUAAUGUCAAAAAAGCAUUCACAGGAGAAGUUAAAGACUUGGUUGAUCCCUACGUGCAAGUGUCAUUUGCUGGGCUUGUGGGUAAGACAUCAGUACGAAAGCACAGCUACGCUCCAGUGUGGAACGAGCAGUUAGUUUUCAACGAGAUGUUUCCUCCUCUUUGUCAGCGAAUCAAAAUCCAGUUGAGGGACAAUGACCCAGUCAACAACACAAUCAUUGGCACACAUUUCAUUGACCUCAAGACAAUAUCCAACGACGGCGAGAAAGGUGGUUUCCUGCCGACGUUUGGCCCCACGUUCAUCCACGUGUACGGCUCCACACGCGACUACAGCCUCAUCGACGAGCACUCGACGCUGAACAGUGGGCUCGGCGAGGGUGUGUCCUACCGGGCGAGGCUGCUCGUCGCCAUUCGCACUGAGAUCACAGACAACGUCGACAUGGCGCCCUCACAGGUCGAGGUCGAGCCUACCUAUCCCAUCACUGAGACUUCCUACGCAAAGACUGAAGAAUUUUUUCUAUUCACAACGAUUCUGGAGGCGUCGAUGAUUGACAAGAAGCUGGGCGAGAAGCCACUCUUCUUCGAGCCGAUGACGCAUGACAGAACCUACUACUUCCUUCCCUACUGGGACGACAAGCCAUGCAUGCAUGUCAGGUCUCUCUGGCCCGACUAUCGGCGCAGAAUGUACAACUCCAACAUGAUCGCCAAAAUUGUCGAGAAGUUGGAAGAAGGUCUGAGCGAGGUUAGCAGUCUGAUUGAUGGCGAGGAGGGUGCAGCCGAGAGGAAGCUCCGAGCCGUCCUCGACGAACUGAGUUCGAGCUGCGCCAAGUACACAUCUGUGGCUCGGGGAAACAGUUCGGGCUCGGGGGUUGGGCGGACCAAGCUCGACAAGGAGAGGAUGAAGUUGUGCCUCAGGGAUAUCGAACAAAUCGGUAACAUGGCCAGAAAUUUGAAAGCGUUGGUGACCAAACAUUCGUUCAAGGACAGACAUAAAACAGCCGCAUCUUACCUACAGAAGCUCAAGUUCCUCAUCGAAGAUCCUCAACAUUCAUUACCAGACAUUUUCAUCUGGCUGAUAAGCAGUGGCAAACGAACCGCCUACCAGAGGAUACCAGCCAGGGAUCUCAUCUAUUCGAUAGUCGAUGAAGAAUCGGGAAGGCAUUGUGGCAAAGUGCAUUCGAUAUUUUUGAAGUUGCCUGGUAAAAAAGGCCUGGGACCGAGUGGCUGGGCGAUACAAGCCAAAUUACAGGCCUACAUGUGGCUGGGUCUAGUCAAGCACAAGAAGAACUUCGUCAACGGACUCACGAAAGGAUACGAAAUUUCACACGAGAUCAGGAAUGCUGAGAGACCUAGAGCGUUACCACCGUCUAUGAUACAUUAUAAAGAGAAAUAUCCAUUCCAAAUGAGAGCAUACAUGUAUCAGGCACGAUCACUGAUAGGCUCUGAUGCAUCAGGACUGUCAGAUCCAUUCGCGAGAGUCAUCAUUGGAGAGUAUUGUAAAACGACUCAGGUUAUAGACGAGACACUUAGUCCAACGUGGGAUGAACUACUGGUGUUUGACGAAAUUCUAAUCUAUGGAAGUACAGAUGAAAUCAAGAAAGAACCGCCAACAAUCAUCAUUGAAAUAUUUGACCAAGAUAAAGUGGGAAAGUCAGAGUUCAUCGGGAGAGCUCUAGCGAAACCACAUGUGAAAUUAUUGGAUGAACCCUACGAAAAACCAAAUUUUCCGCCUUGCCUUGAAUGGUAUGAUAUACAGAGAGGACCAGAAAGAGCUGGAGAACUACUAGCAACGUUUGAACUAUUACAGUUGAAAAAAGCUCCCGAUAAAGUAGCGGGUGCCGAUCUACCUGACCUUCCUCCGCCAAAAGAACUGCUCCACCCUUCGUCACAGCCCUGCUCCGAGGAUGGAACAGCAACCACAUCACUCGCCCUGUUACCCGUUCCAAGGGGAAUCAGGCCUACUCUUGCCAAAUAUAGGAUAGAAGUAUUAUUCUGGGGCCUUCGCGACUUGAAGCGAGUUCACCUGAUGACAGUGGACAAGCCUCGAGUGGACAUUGAGUGCGCCGGACACAUCCUCUACUCAUCAGUCAUACAAAACGCCAAAAAGAAUCCCAAUUUCGCAACGCCUGUCAAGUUUUUAGAACUGGAACUACCAGAGCAAGAACUGUACAGACCUCCAUUGACGAUUCGAGCGGUCGACUGCCGCAGCUUCGGCCGAUUCACUCUGGUCGGCACUCACAUGAUCAACUCCAUUCACAAGUACAUGUACACGCCGCAGACGAAACGAGACCGCGAAGCUGAAGAGAGAAAAAGAUCGUUACAACAGUUGCAAGAACAACAACAAAGAGACGGAACUCUACCGAUUCCUCAACAGCCUCAAGUGGGUGGUAACAACCAAAUUCCAGUGCCUAAUAUCAAUAGCAACCGAGAGAAUGUGCCUCUUCUCAUAAAAGACUCCAGUAUCGUUAUUAAUUAUGGUUCAACAUUAUUAUGGAAUAAAAAAGACCUGAAAGUAGAAACGAAUAAGAAACGGAAACAGAGUAUGGAAUUCGAAAUAGAGGAGGAUGAUGAACAUAGUGACUGGUGGACCAAGUACUUUGCAUCAGUUGAAGCCAUGAUUGAGGAGAGCAAAGAAGCGCGUAAAGAGAAGAAAAUUCAAAUGAUGAAUGGUUCGUUGCCCAUACAUUUGGAAUCUCCACCGAUAGCUGAAAAAAGUGGCAAAAAGUUUGGACAUGGAGCCGCGGCAAAAAUUGUUGCAAAACUAAGUCCAAAAAGUAUACAAAGGAAGCAGGAGAAAACAGCUAAGCUGAGGAUCUAUCCUAGUGAACUGGAAAGUCAAUCGGAUUUCAAUGGAUUCAGCGAAUGGCUUCAGACGUUCGAUUUAUACAGAGGCAAAAAGACUGGAGAUGACGUGGAAGACGAUAGCAGAGUCGUCGGAACAUUUAAAGGAGCAAUAAAAGUGUACAAAUGGCCGCUACCCAAAGACAUCGAGGACCACACCAUCAUGGGCCUGGACCCACAGUACGGCUUCUUCCAGGGUUUGCCCAACAACGACCCUAUUCACGUGCUGGUACGAGUCUACGUCGUCAAAGCCAACGAACUGCAUCCCAUGGACCUCAACGGCAAGGCCGACCCCUAUGUCCUACUACAGUUGGGCAGCAAACGCAUCAGCGACAAGGACAACUAUAUAUCCAAACAGCUCAACCCGGUGUUCGGAAAGUGCUUCGAAAUAGAAGCCACUUUCCCGCAGGACUCAGUUCUAACAGUGCAGAUACUGGACUGGGAUCUGGUGGGAUCCGAUGACCUGAUUGGCGAAACCAAGAUUGAUCUCGAGAACAGAUUCUAUUCAAGGCAUAGAGCUACUUGCGGAGUUGCCAAACGAUAUGAAGAUUUUGGUUACAACCAAUGGCGUGACCCGAUGAAACCAACACAGAUUCUUGCCAAGCUCUGCAAAGACAGCAAGCUGGAUUCACCCCUCUACUCCAAUGGCAAAGUCAAAAUUGGGAGGCGAACAUUCAUACUUCAAACCGAUGAUGACUGCGAAUGGUUCCACAUAAAAGGCGCUGAAGAGCAUAUGGCAUUGGCUGUCCUUCAUCAUUGGCAUGAGUUCCCAAGAUAUGGCUGCACUCUUGUACCUGAGCACGUGGAGACACGUCCCCUUUACAAUCCAGAAAAACCCGGAAUCGAACAGGGAAAAUUGGAAAUGUGGGUGGACAUGUUUCCAAUGGACAUGCCCCUGCCGGGACCACCCCUUGACUGUUCGCCGAGGAAGCCCAAAGCCUACGAGCUGAGGGUCAUCAUCUGGAACACUGACGAGGUCGUACUGGAAGACGAUGCAUUCUUCACCGGAGAGAAAAUGUCUGAUAUUUAUGUGAAAGGGUGA